ACAACAUCAACGACACACACCGCCAAAAUGCCCUCCUCCUCCACCACCGACCAACUCCCCACCGAAGUCGUAACCUGCCUCCGCAAUGCCCGCUUCCUCCACCUCGCAACCUGCACAAACAACACCCCCCACGUCUCCCUAAUGCACUACACCUUCCUCCCCUCCAACUCCUUCCCCUCAACCAGCUCAACCCUCCCCUCCGGUCCCACAAUAAUAAUGACCACGGACCCCCACUCCAAAAAAACCACAAACCUCCUCGCCAACCCCUCCGUCUCCCUCCUCGUCCACGACUGGGUUUCCACCCGUCCUCCCUCGACCACCUCCGCCAACGCCUCCGACCGCGAACGAUCCCCCGCGUCCGGUCAUCGAAGUAGUCUCGCGGCGAUGUUGAUGCAAAUGAACUCCACCGCUGUAUCCUCCAUUUCCGCGACGAUUAAUGGCGCGGCGAGGGUACUGGAACAAGGGACGGAGGAGGAGAGGUGGUGUAAAGAGCAGCAUUUGGCGAAUAACACGUUCAGUUCGGAUGGGAGUGAACAGGGGAGUUUUGGAACGUCACCGGAAGAGAGGACGGGGGAUAGUGGGAGAGGGAGUUAUAUCGCGGAUCAGGAUGUGAGGGUUGUGGUGGUGGAGAUUAAAGGGGGGAGGAUUAGUGAUUGGAAGGGUGGGGUUAAGGAGUGGAGUGUUGCUGGGAGUGGUGGGCGGGAUGGGCAGGAAGAGAGGAAUGGGGAUAUUAGGACGUUGGUGAAUGGCGUGGCGUGA